GCUACUAUACAGAGAGCUAGAUAGAGCAGCUGUUCUCUGCAGUAUUUCAGAUCAUAUAAAGGCGCGGCUAGCUUCUUCCAACAGAAUCUGAUCAGUCUGAGAAUGAGGAACGCUCUUCUUCAAUCUGUGUACCCACAGUCGCUUUACAGCUUUGGUAACAAUUAUGAAGUCCAGGUGCCAAAUUUGGACGUCUCUAUGCAGAUGGAUAGCGAAGUACUAAAUCUCAAUGGCAAUGGGUUUUGUAUGAAGUCCAUAGUAUUCAACAAUGACCAGCUCCAGCUGGGGAAUGGAUGCUAUGCACUUCCCUUUCGGUCCCUGAUUAACUAUACCCAUCAAUCAGGCUAUCAAUCUGGUCCCUCAAGCCGUGCCGACAUUCCGCAGCAGUCAAUGUUUCUAAGCCAGAAAUCUUUAAUUCCACAAUUUGAACCAGAGUUGCAGGCGGUGCCAAAUGGAAGGAAACGUCCAAUUGAGGUCGAUGACGUCUUGCCCACAAGAGGAACCGAUAUGGUUGGCAAUAUGCCGGCAUCGAACGAGUGGAAGAAGACGAAGAGAAACAAGGCUUCAACUUCUGAACAACAAUAUUGGCAACAUGAAGUCAUGAGAGGAUCAUCGACGCAUAUCCAAGAGCACACAGUGCAUGUGCCUGCGAGGAGAAGCCAAAAGCUCAGUGACAAGGUCACGGCCCUUCAAAAGCUGGUCUCACCUUACGGCAAGACCGACACUGCAUCAGUUCUUCAAGAGGCAUCGCUUUCUAUCAAGCUACUUCAUAAACAAAUUCAGAAUUUGUUCGCGAUGCUGAGUGGCUCAUACAAAAGUGUUAGAGCUAGUCAACGACAGGAAAUUGGAGAAGAACAGGUGGACCUAAGGAGCAAAGGGCUUUGCUUGGUUCCUGUGUCGUUUACUCGUAAAGUCAAAAUUGAAAGCACUGCUGAUCAUCAUGCACUGUGGUGCCCAUCAUAAAUAGCUAGAUAAUGUCUACUUCUACCCCACUAUUUAGCUUAAACCCUACGCCAUAUCACCCUUUGACUCUAAUCUCAACUUUAAUUCAUAUAUGGAGACUUUGAGAGGAUCCCUUGCAUCAACCGGAGGUGUUUUUAUUGCUUGAUUAGAGCUUAAUUUAGAACAAUUAAGGUGUGCAAACUGGUUUCUUUUAUUUUCCCCAAUAAAGAGUAGCCACCUAUAGCUAGCGUUUUACUUA